AUGGUAAAAGACAAGAACAGAAUGUGCGAACACUUCAACAAAACUGCAAGGGAUCUACCUUCACUGCUACAGAGUCAGAGAGUGUACGUACAAGUUCACAAGAGUGUUCAAGAGUGUACGUACAAGUUCACCCAAUGUAACCAAUGGAUUUCAGCAACCGUUACCAAAACGCCGGUAGCGUCUCAACCGAGAUCGUACAGUGUCGAAACUACUGAGGGAGCCCAGUUAGUGAAGAAUCGUAGCUUCAUUCGUCCAGCACAAGAGAUUGCUCCGAUACCUGCCGAGAAUAUGAAGCGUGGCGACAGCAGUAGCAGCUAA